UUUUGUGUGUCACCCCCUAGCCGCCCUCUAUUAAAGCAAGAAAGUGGAAAUCCAUAAAAUACAAGUGAAAGAAUAAUACGAUCAGCAGCCAUCAAUGUAAAACUGAAAGGGCCCAGUUGUUCGUAUAAAAUGCGACGAAAGAACAGGAAAUAGUAUCACAAGCUGUUCUUCCUUCUUCAGUUUAGGUGAACAACAGCAGCUCCAACAAUCACCAGUGAUUUUCCAUCCAGCUCAACUUAGCGUGAUUCUCUUUUGCCAUUUCUACAAAGGACCUUAAGUGACUAAAUAAGUAAAAGAAAAUGCGUUCCAUGAUGUCAUUUCUCAUGUUGAUUUGCCUGGUGUCGGCAAUCAACUUCCAGCCAAGCUACAGCAGCCAACAACAACCCGGUUUGAACCUGAGAACUAUUAUCCAGAAGGGACUUGAUGGACCAGAUGAACCUUACGGACAGCAAGCUGUUGGAACGGACGUCGCUUCUUCUCGACUGGGUCUCGGUCUCAAAUUCAAGGCUAUUCUACUCAAGCCGCUACUUUUGGUAGUCCUAGCCAAAAUCAAACUCGCCCUUCUACUCGGAAAACCUUUCGCCCUGCUGGCCCUUAAAAAGCUUUUACUCAAAGCCGUUCUUGGCAAAUUGUUGCUCAAGAUUCCUCUGAUUUUGCUCGGUGGCAAAGCUGUCAUCUUGGCUAAGGUGUUGGCCCUUAAAUUCGCCUUGAUCACCAAAGGUUUGAUUGGAUUGAAGGCUCCACUUGCUCUGCUCUUCCUUGGCGGUUUGCUCAAAGGCGCUUUGAAAGGAACAGGUUUGGGAUUGGCUCUCGGACUCGCAGGAUCGCUCCUGAAGCCAGGACAAAGUUCAAGCGGUGAAGAGUACGACGCACCGGCAUACUACGCUCCACCUGCUUAUGGCCACAUCCAGCCUCCGCCACCACCUUCCUACGGCGCCCCAGCUCCUUAUUCCGAACCAAUCUACCUUCGUGCUCCACCUGCCCAGUCUUACGCUCCAGUUCAUUCGGCUCCAGCUCAGCAAUCGUACCCGCAAGGCGGCAGCCAUAACGGUUAUGGAGGAUACGAUGGCCGUAAGAAACGCGACGUGGAAGAGCGAAACGACAGCGAAGAAGUGGAAGACAGCGAGGAAGACUUCUCCGACGAAUCACCCGAGGAACUUAGACGGGAAAUUGAAGCUGCUCGUACCAAUGGACACGCUUACCUCUACAUGGCUGCCCAAUUUGACGAGCAAUCUUGCGGUCGCCGUUUGAUGUGUGAAGUCUACCAGAAGCCCCAAGGAAGUCGCACUGAUGACGAGCUUAUUUUACAAGACAUUUUCGGUUAUCCGCUACCCCCAUUGAGUGAAGAGGACCAAGGUACCCCGAAGGAAAUGUAUUACAGAGCUGCUCAACUUGGUGCCUCUAACCAGGGUCGUCCCAAUCAGAUCUGCGCUCGUGUUUACUCAACUUGCCCCCAUAAUUCCGAGCAAUUGAUCCAGUUCUUCAUCUCUGAGGAUGAUGAAACCAAUGAAAUUGACACCGGCAACCACCGUCCAAUUUCUCACCUGCAACAACCUCAGCAAUCCGCCGCCCGUCUUCCCUUCUACCAUCCUCGCCAACCCAACAUUUCACCUACCCAACAAUGGAAGCCGGUUAUUAUUAGACCUGCUGUUCACAAUCAACAACCCCAAGUCCAAAAUUGGCGUCCGGCAGUUGCAGCGACUCCAGCUGCACCUCUGCGCAAAAGAUUCCUUGCGCCACCGGCUGCUUAAUUGGCCAAGUAAAACAUUCAAAAUUCCCACGAAUGGACUGUCGAUCAGCCCGAUUAAUUUUUCCACUGCACUUUAGCUAACAUCAAUUAAUGGUUCACCAAUUUUCUUUUAAAAUUUCACCAAUGAAAUACCUUCUUUACAUGACUUCUGCACCAUGCUUUGAAUCACCAGAAAAUGUAAUAGAGCUCUAGUGAUCAUUUAUCCGCAAUACACAUAUCUAUAAAAAAA